CGUAAAUUCACUUCCCAGCAAAAAGCCGUCGACCGACCCGAACGUGAUCGUCAGACUCAACCCCCCCCAUCACGAAAACUCCGACCUCGAUCGCAACCUCAAUCUCGACGACUAAAGGAAAGCCCUCUCGCUCCCGUCGAGGAAGAUAUAUCCCUAGAAUCCGCGGAUCCGACCCGCUUGCCUGAGCGCAAUCCCACCUGCCCGAUCCCCAUCUUUCCACAUACAGCCCGCCCAACAUGUCGUUAACAAACUGCCGCUUCUACGAGGAGAAGUUCCCGGAGAUCGACUCCUUCGUCAUGGUCAACGUCAAGCAGAUCGCCGAUAUGGGUGCUUACGUCAAGCUGCUGGAGUACGACAACAUCGACGGCAUGAUUCUGCUCAGCGAACUUUCCAGACGUCGUAUUCGAUCUAUCCAGAAGCUCAUCCGCGUCGGCAGAAACGAGGUCGUCGUCGUGCUCAGAGUCGACAAGGAGAAGGGAUACAUCGAUUUGUCCAAGCGCCGGGUCUCUCCCGAGGAUAUCGUCAAAUGCGAGGAGCGUUACAACAAGAGCAAGAUGGUCCACUCCAUCAUGCGCCAUGUCGCCGAGAAGACCCUGCUCCCCAUCGAGUCGCUUUACGAGAGCAUAGCUUGGCCCCUGAACAAGAAGUACGGCCACUCCAUCGACGCCUUCAAGCUCUCCAUCACAAACCCCGAAGUAUGGAACGACGUCACCUUCCCCAGCGACGCCGUUGCCGAUGAGAUCAAGUCCUAUAUCGGAAAGCGCCUGACACCACAACCCACCAAGGUCCGAGCUGACGUCGAGGUCACCUGCUUCGGCUAUGAGGGUAUUGACGCCGUCAAGGCUGCUCUGAGAACUGCCGAGGCCAAGAACACUCAAGACAACCAGGUCAAGGUCAAGCUCGUGUCCCCUCCGCUUUACGUCCUGACCAGCACAUGCCUGGACAAGAGCGUUGGUAUCUCAAAAUUGGAGGAGGCAAUUGUAGACAUCAGGAAGCACAUUGAGGGUGCUGGUGGUUCGUUGAUCGUGAAGAUGGAGCCCAAGGCCGUUACCGAGUCUGAUGAUGCUGAGCUGCAAGCUCUUAUGGAGAAGAGAGAACGCGAGAACGCCGAGAUCAGUGGAGACGAGGACAUGUCCGAAAGCGACGAUGAGAACCCCGACACUAUCUAAGGCGCCCCGUCGGCACAGCACGAAUUGGGCCCGCUGCGUCCUUACCGCUUCGCACCGACAGGGCAGUUGUUUAUGACGAGAGGGCAUUUGCAGUUUUAUACAACUGAGCCCUGACGAAUAGAUGAAUGGAUUCAAUGGCCAUGUUUGGGUUGUCUCAGGCGGUCUCAUUCAUGGAGUCUAAAACAGCAUUGGGAUAGAGGCAUAUCAUCGAUGCUUGUGUAUCAAGCUUACUAUAGUAGUCAUAUGAUAGGCCAAUGGAACAUAUAAUUCAGAGCCAAACACCUGCCAAUGCUCCUAAUGCGUUGUACAAUAAAUGGUGUGGGCUGGCUGAAAGGAAACAGACUAGGUGAGAUCAUCCUCUGAUCUAUUCUCAACAAACUUGAACGUUAUUUCGUCCCAAAGCGAUCUGAAGCCCACAACGCAAUUUUGAGAAGGACUUGGUAGCAGAUUCGCGUCACCAGACCGCACGAGCAUAUAUCCAGAGCCAUCCAGAG